CUCGGCCGCUCCUCCGGCCCCCGGCUCCGGCCCCCGUCCGCGAGGAGCUUGUCGUGCCGUGGGUCCGCGUGUCUGUGACGUCAGGGGCUCCCGAAGAGGGCUGUGAUGUCACUGCAGGCCCGCGGACCCGGGCGGCGGAAGGGCCGAGGACCCGAGGGAGAACGAGGAAGUUCAGCCUAGUGUCAACGCCGGGAUCGCGGCGGAUCCGAAUCGAAAGUUGUUCGAGAUCAGCAUUUUACAGUUGUAAUGCAGUAGUUGUCAGGUUCCGGAACUUCAUUUCAAACAAGCAUUGUUAGUACGGUUCCUUAUAAGAUACGUUUGAUUUAGAAAGAUAUAAAUCAAGAGGUUUUAGGGGGAAGUGUUUAAUGUAAAUGCCCUUCAUUAAGCUAAACUCAUAGUUUGAUGGUUUGUGAUCGUAAUUGCUGAAAAAAUAGAACCAGUUUAAGUGCUGAGGAUUCAGUUUGCCUUACUCUUUUUGGCAAGACAAUUUUGAGAUCCUCUGUGUGCUUGUUCACGUUUUUGUGAGAGCGACCGGGAAGAGGGAGAGCGGAUCUUAAAUGAAAUGUUUCUGUUGUAAAGAGCGGGGGAGGUUUGAAUAAAUCCAAUAUUCUUCGUAUAUAGUAAUUACCUGAGGAUGUCAUUUAUCCGGGCUGUUCCUGUCCCUUGCGACCACGGAUAACUGAGGGUUUCCUACAGCGGGAGCUCAGCAACUAGCCUUUUUCUUGUUUUCUUCCUAAGACUGGGCUAGAGCAAUAUAACAUGUCCCAGGACUGCUUGUCUGCACAAGUAACUCACAUUUUAUCAGUGGUGCUUUCAAAUAUGAAACUACAGAAUUUUUAAGAAGUGCCUCGUCUAUGAAUAUUGUUUUUCUUCCAAAGCUUUCACGAGUUCAGGCUGGAGGAGCAGCUAGUCACUCGCGUGACUGACCCUCUUCAGAGCCUCUGUUAUGCACCUAAAGCCAUAUUGGAAACUCCAGAAGAAAGCAGGACCUCUGGAAAUCAGCAAGGAAACUCUGAGAACUCCUCUGAGCCCCCAGGAGGCUAUAACUGAUGAAACAUGCAAAGCUGGCUGCAUGAAACCUAGUGUCUUUCCUUCAACCUCUCUUGGGAAAGCAUCAUCUCGAAAGCCUUCUGGGAUCCUUGCUCCAAAUGCUCCGUGCAGUAUGAGUGGGAAGAGUCCUAUAGAGAGCAGCUUGAAUGUUAAAACCAAGAACAAUGCACCAUCUGCAACGAUCCACCAGGCCGAAGAGGGGGAAGGGCCACUUGAUAUCGGGGCUGUUGUGAAACCGGGAAAUACCAAGGAGAAAAUUGCAUUCUUUGCAGCCCACCAGUGUAGCAAUAGGAUAGGAUCUAUGAAAAUAAAGAGCUCCUGGGAUAUUGAUGGGAGAGCUACUAAAAGAAGGAAGAAAUCAGGGGAUCUUAAAAAAGCCAAGAUACACUUGGAAAGGAUGAGGGAAGUCAGCAGCAGGUGCUGCCAGCCUGAGCCUUUUGCAUGCGGCAUCGAGCACUGUUCUGUGCAUUAUGUGAGUGACAGUGUGGACGGCUUCUCUGCUGGGAGGCCUCUGUCGGUCAUACAGAUGGUUGCCUUCCUCGAGCAAAGAGCCAGUGCUCUGCUAGCCAGUUGUUCGAAAACCUGCACUAGCUCGUCUGCUGUGGGGAGGUUUUCUGGGCAAUCCAGAGGUGUGCCCCCAGCCACGGAGCCCUUCUCUGCCCCAGGAGAAUGUGGGGAACCCAGGGAAAGGGGAAAUCCUGAGGUUGGUGAACCACAGAGUGAGCCAGUUCGUGUCCUCGACAUGGUAGCCAGGCUGGAGUCUGAGUGCCUGAAGCGGCAGAGCCAGCGUGAGCCUGGAACCCUCUCCAGGAAUAACAGCUUCCGGCGCAACGUGGGCCGUGUGUUGCUUGCAAAUGGCACUCAGGCUAAUGAAAGCAAAACACACAAAGGUGCUGUGGAGGCAGCUGGCACUCAGGUGAAUCUUGUGGUGUCUGUGUCUGUCGAUUGUGGCGCCGCAGGAGCUGACCAUGGUUCUCCUAAGGGGGACCGGGCCUGGGCCAGGGCUCCUCGGGGCUGUCCCUCACUGCCAGCAGGGGUGCCUUUCCACACGGGCAGUGCAGAUUUAGAGCCAGAUCAGCAAACUGCCAUGAAAAACAGCAAUAGAUUUGAUGUGGAAAUGACAGAGGAGCUUGCUCGGUCACCUUUCCCUCACACCUGUCCUCAAGCCAUUGAAUUGCCCGCAGAUGCCAUUGAUUGUAUGAGUAGAGAGCUUGUGCCGCCUUCUAGCCAGAGUCCUGACCAGAGAAGAAAAGAAUCUUUGUGCAUUAGUAUCACUGUGUCCAAGGUAGAGAAAGACCAGCCUUCUCCUUUAAAGUCCUGUGAAGACCCAAUUCCAGGGAUGUUGUUCUUCUUGCCACCCGGGCAGCACCAAUUGGACUGUUCACAGCUGAAUGAAGGCACAAGUGAGUCCCCCGAGGCCAGCCAGCUUGAAGAUGCUGCUGAGGGUGGCAGUGCAUCUGAGGAGAAGAGGGUUUCAGCUGAGUCAUUUCUCCCGCUAGCCUCUCCAGUGCAAAGUACAUUAACAGUGCUCGAGGCAUCCAGUUGGAAGAAGCAGGUAUCUCAUGACUUUCUAGAGACCAGGUUUAAAAUCCAGCAGCUUCUGGAGCCUCAGCAGUACAUGGCCUUUCUGCCCCACCACAUUAUGGUGAAAAUCUUCAGGUUACUUCCCACCAAGAGUUUAGUGGCUCUUAAAUGUACCUGCUGCUAUUUCAAGUUUAUCAUUGAAUACUACAACAUCAGGCCAGCAGAUUCUCGCUGGGUUCGAGAUCCACGCUACAGAGAAGAUCCUUGCAAGCAGUGCAAGAAAAAAUAUGUGAAAGGGGAUGUGUCCCUGUGCCGGUGGCACCCCAAGCCCUAUUGCCAGGCAUUGCCCUAUGGGCCAGGGUACUGGAUGUGCUGCCACCGCUCUCAGAAGGGCUUCCCUGGCUGUAAGCUGGGGCUUCACGACAAUCACUGGGUCCCUGCUUGCCACAGCUUCAAUCGGGCAAUCCACAAGAAAGCCAAAGGGACUGAAACCGAAGAGGAGUACUAAAGUCUCUGUGAGAGGCACCAAAAGGACUGAGUUUUAAAACUGCAAACCACCACCCGGAGAUCCCAUUCAAGUGAAUGUUGCCUCUCUAGGAGAAUCUGCACCUACUCCCUCAGGACUGCCAUUGCUGAGGCAUUUUUUUAAACUCUUAAUUUACAAGCUGUACAAGAAAAUUGGUCUCGUUAUCUAUAGUGGCGCCUCACAUUUGAUCCAGGGUGGAAUCCCACAGUUUGAGUCACUGGGCUGUGAAUAACUAAGUCUGUUUUCCCAAAUCAAAUCCAUCCUCAAAGGACAAAGACUUGCCCCCAUAAGGACAUCCACAAGAGUUCAUAAAAGACUAUGCAGGCAGUCCCCCAAAAGGGGUUCCAAAAAUGUUUCAGAGCACUGGCACCACAGUGCCCUGUGAAAAGAAGAGCAGCCCUUUUGGAUGAAAAGUCUGCUUACAAAGGAAAAGUCAGGCACCUUACCCUAGACCUCGUAUGCUGAUCUGUGAGACUGAUGUUUGUGGUUGGAGGUGAUUUCCUGCCCUGUGGUGUUUACAGUGUAUAUAAUGGUUGUGUUUUCAUAGGGCGAUGAAAGUGCACAGUGAACCCGAGCGCCUUUACCUGAGAUGAGUGCUUUUGGCCCCUCUGUAAAUGACACUAUUAAAAUCCAGUUGUAUAUAGUGGACGGCUGACUAAACAAAAUCACCACAACGCAGCUAGGAUAGUGUUGCGGCUAUAGUUGUGUGUUUUUUUUAUUGUCUCAAAUUUGUACAUCCUGUAUAAAAUAUGAAUGUUUUCCAAAUAAACUAUGAAUGUUUCCUGUAUAAUAUAUGAAUGUUUCUGAGAAGAAACUCUAAAUAUAGUUAAGAAGUUAAUGUGUUGAAAAGAUACCAAAUAAUGUUUUAACUGGACAACCUUAGAAUUAGCAUAGAGAACAAUCCUUUGUUAUAUUUUAGUGAUCCCCCAAGAAUGAGAGAAUAUUAUAUAGUCAGAUUAUAACAUUCUUCUCUAUUUUAUUCUUUGUCUGGUUACAAAUUUUUUUAAACCUCAAUAAAAACAUGCAUAUUAAAUGGGA